AUGGACGAGGAGGCCACACACACCACCUUUCCGCCGCCGCCGCCCUUUUGGCGCGACUUUACGCCGGAUCGCCUGGAGCGCAUCGCCCAGCUGCGGGACCGCGCUCAGUCGAGCCGCGUGGACGUUCCCCCAGACCUUGUCAACCUCCAGCCUCCUCUAGAGCCCGCCGACGGCCAGUGGCGCUGCUUCGGCAGCCUCUACACGCUCAAGGACGAGCUGCCCGGCCUCGAGGCCCAAGACAUCCAGCGCCUGAUCCCCGACGGCGACGCCGACCGCCCGCUGGUGCUCAAGCGCCUGGCCAAGUCGCUGCUGCUCAACUUUCUCGAGCUCGUCGGCGUGCUGGCCGCAAACCCGGCCGAGGCCGAUGACAAGAUCAAGGACAUCACGGCGCUGCUGAUGAACGUCGAGCACGCCAUCAACGAGUACCGCCCGCACCAGACGCGGGAGCAACUGAUUGAGCUGAUGCAGGACCAUCUGGACCGCACGCGUGCCGAGACGGCGGCCCUGCGCGCUGCGACGGACCGAGCUCGGCGGGUGCUGGAGGGCCUGGGGAGCAUUGAGAUUGUGGCCACCGAGGAGGGAGGUCCUGAAGUCGUGGAGCGGGAGCGGGGGGUGUGGGAGGCGAUGGACAUGGUUUGGAGGUGA